CGGAGGCUCUGGAGGACCACAGGCCGCCGAGCGGAGCUCUCAGCCCGGGCAUUGGGAGCUGCAGUGGAGGGGUGUCCACCGACCGGGGCGGGGGGUGUUGGGUGGAGCUGCUGUCCGAGCUGAGGAAUGUGACACACGGACGAGACGGAGACCUGCAGGUCGGUGCUUUCACCGAGGAGAGCGGAACUCGUCGAAGAGGGAACGAGCAAGAAAGUGACAAGAGACUCAAAUUCUGUCCAACCCUGAUCCUUGACUUGGCUCACAACCAAUUUAACGAUGGCGCACCGGUCACAGAGUUCAUCGAUCGGAGACAAUCCUCUCGACCCAAACUACCUGCCCCCACAUUACCGCGAGGAGUAUCGUUUAGCUAUUGAUGACCUGAUAGAGAAGGACGUUGAGGGUUACUAUGAAUUUCUCCAGAAGGCAAAUAUUGUAAAUUUCCUGUCCCAGACGGAAAUCGAAUAUAUCAAGUCCACACUUCAGAUACCAAAUCAGAGCUCAGGAGUCCCAGAGUUGACGUAUUAUGAGGGGGGUCAAGAGACCGAGGGCUCCUCAGACACCUACUGGCCAAUGCAGUCCGACCUGGCAGCGCCAGGACUGGAUCUGGGAUGGCCGAUGUUGCAGCACAGCUUUGUUGGACCCACAGAGGUUACCACUCUGGUCAACCCCUCCGACGCAGACAUGCCAAGCAUUAAAGAGCAGGCCCGGAGACUCAUCAAGAACGCUCGACAAGUUAUUGCCAUCGUGAUGGACACGUUCACAGAUGUUGACAUUUUUUCCGACUUACUGGAGGCAGCAGCACGCCAUGUUCCAGUUUACAUUUUACUGGAUGAGCAGGACGCUCAUCACUUUGUCUCUAUGGUCAUCGGCUGCAAAGUCAACUUAGACUUAAUUCCUAUGAUGCGUGUCAGGACCGUUGGAGGAAUAACGUAUCACUCCCGGACAGGAAAAUCCUUUAAAGGGCAGGUGAAAGAUCGUUUCAUGUUGACUGACUGCAGGGCUGUGCUCAGUGGGAACUACAGUUUCAUGUGGUCUUAUGAGAAAAUACACCGCUGCAUCGCUCACCUCUUCCUCGGAGAAUUGGUCUCCACAUUUGAUGAGGAGUUUCGAAUUCUCUUUGCUCAAUCGGAGCCCCUGGUCAUUGAUGCAUCCAGUGGACCACUCGCCAUUACUGACCCCAGCAAUUACUCCCAGUUUGGUUUAAAGAGGUCACAGUCUUUGCGUAACCCUGUUGGUUACAGAAGACAGCCCGAGCUUCCCUCGGCCUUCCCCUACGGAGACUCAGAUCGUAACCCUUUCCGAAGGAACGACCCCUUUCGUCACACGCUUGAACCUGGCACAGGGAUUACAAUUGGGAAAUAUUCUCAGCAGCAGUUUCGUCUGCAGCAGUCGUUUUUAGAUCAGGGAAAGUCUAUAGUGUCCAGGCAAAUGGAGAUGAGCUCAAGUGCUUACAAGAGGCACAGCUAUGCAGAAGGAACUCAGGAAACCUACUCAUCUUCCAGGCAAUACAUGAAGCACAGAGUCAUGAACAAUCUGGAUGAGACAGACUUCCACAGGGAGCAGUUGCUAGGUAGCCAUUACUACAGUGAAGGACCUGGGCCAGAUUCUGGUCAGGGACACUACGAUAGACUUCGAGGCCGUUCGCCGCACCUCGCCAUCGAUCAGUAUUCAGACUCGAGCUAUCGCUCAGAUCGAGAGCUUCCACUUGAGAACAGAGAGUACUUUUCAUCUGAGGACCUUAAAGGACCUGACGGGCUUCAUGGCCCUCCAUUAGCUGGGAGGUAUGAAGGAGGAUCUGGCCACAAGAGGCCAACCAUUGGUCAAGCAUAUGCCUGUCAGACUUCACCGACACAGCUCCAUCCACCAGAGAAAAAACUGUUUCACAAGCAGUCUGAUCAAGAGUACGAUGAAGACCCAAGUGUCAAGCAAGGCCUGAGGAGUUGGAGGAUCAACUCCUAUCUAAGUACUUAUGAGGAGGCUGGAGAAGAUGGUUUGUCUCAACCAAUGGGAGGUGAUGCGUUUGAUGAGCCUCAACCCUCUGAGCAACCUGCUGCACCGGAAAUUUCAGUGUCACGCUUUGGAAUAAAGGAACCACCAAAUGUUGCCCCCAAACCGAGACCAGAUAUACUGAGACCACGCUUCGGAAAGCCAAAAUUGCCUGAGAGUAGUAAUAAAGACUUUGCUCCACUAGCAACAAAGGAUUUACGUUCUUCUUUAAGUGAUUUCAGGUCGUCUUUUCUGGAGAAAAAAGACUGGGAAAUAAAGAACGAAAAGGACAGGGAGUCGGAGAGAGGAGCAACAAGAGAGGCGGGAGAAGAAGCAGAGACGAAGGAUACUACAGAUAUGUUUCUGUCCAGACACGAGUCAGUCCGUUCACGCAUUAACCCACUUCUUCAACGUAGCUCUCGCCUCCGCUCUUCACUUAUAUUUGCAUCUUCCAAGGGAGAAAUACACAGCAGCAGCAGCUUAGGUCUAAAACCAGCGACGGAAGAAGAUGAGCAGUUGGAUUCAGGACGUACUUCGUCCAUUGUGGCUCAAAUCCUCGAAAAGAGGAGGUCUUUGUCACGUGAGCCUUUUGAGUGGCGAAAGAAGUUUGAGGAAAAAGACAGUUUGAGAGAAAAGGAGAAGGAGAAAGAGGAAAAACAAAAGGAGCAAGAGAAAACGAAUACAGAAGUGAAAACGGAGGUUAAAGUGAAGGAGGAACCUCAGACAUCCAACAAAGAAGAAAAAACAACACCAGCUGUUGAGAAACCUAGCGUUGACUCGUCCUUAAAUGUGAAUGAUGUAGCUACUAGACUGCAGUAUUUUAAAGACCUGGAAGCUAAGAGGAAAGCCUCAAAGAUGGAGACGGAGAGAUCUGUAAAGGCCCCAGAACCUCCUGAAAAGAAACCAGACCUCUCUGAGAAACUUCCACUCAACCCAGUGCCCACUCCAAAGACCCCGACUCUCACUCUCACUUCAGGAGACCAGGAACCAAAGAAGCCAGACAUUUCAACAAAACUGGCUGAAGCCCCUCGCAGAAAUUCAAUAAGUUUAAAACACUCAAUCCUCUCUCCCAAGCCCUUUGUGAGUUCCUUAAAGUUUUCGGAGACAUCGCAACCUCGUAAAGAUGAAAAUGAACCAGAAGGUCAAAAGAAAGACGUUCCUAAAUUACUGAAACCUCUUUCUUCACCAAAGAUCUUCAAGAAAGACCCGCUGAAGAUUAAAGCACUGAAUCCUCGUCGGAUCUCUUGCGGUGAAGAGGUUCUGAGCAUGGAUGCAACAGACGCAGAGAAGAGCGAGAUGAAAAAGAGCCGCUCCCAUAGUUCUUCAACUCUACUACAUGAAGAGUCCAGGGAAAAACUGCAAAAGCUUAUGGGAUCCAACACAUCUAUAAACACUCUUGGUGAAGGUAAGACGCUUGAGUUCCUGAAGAAACAAACCCUGAGGUUAAAGGGGUUCUUGGGACCAAAGGAUAAAGAAAAGAAAGCCCCAGGAGAAGAGAAGGUCAUGAGCACGGUCAUGGAGGUAGCUGAUGAUGACGGCAAAAAGCAGAGCUCUUUAGCGAAAGACACAGGACCCACAGCUGCCGAUCAAUCCUCUGCUAAUCACAAAACGUCAACAGGGACGUCAGUCUCGUCGCGGCACCAGACCCCGGGAAGCUCGGUUUUGUUCAGCAGCAACCUGCGAGACGACACUAAAGUCAUUCUGGAGCAAAUCUCUGCCAACAGCCAGAAAAACCGUCAGGAGCGAGAAGAAACCGUCGCUGACAAAGACGGCGCCGCUGCAGAGAAAGGACUGGAGGCGCCGAACCCCUUGAAAAAGAACCGAUUCCUGCGAACAACGGGCAACAACCAGGAGAGGGAGGGGUUACUGAAGAGGAUAGAAAGUCUGAGGAAGGAGAAGAAGGUCUACAGCCGUUUUGAGAUGGGGAAUAACCUGGGAUAACGAAAGACGGAGGAGCGACCUUUUAUAUGGACACUAUUUAUGCACGAUGAUCAAAAGCACCCUCUGCCAACUUGUGCCAACAACACUCGAUCACUCCUAAAACGUACCUCUGGUGCCCACCGCUGUGGCCUUUGCUGGAUUUUUACAAAGAAGUAAUAAAACUUGAAAAGACGAUAUUGAAAAUGCUGGAAACAAACUGAAGGCAUUGGAAUGUGCCUUUUUUGCCAAGAUCUGGUACUAUUUUUCCUUUUAUGGUGACUGAGAGACAAAAGUGACUACGGUACUCGAAUACUGGCUGCACAGCUAAUGUUUCACCAAGCACAUAAAGGCACGGCAGUGUAACUAAAACUGAACUUGUAUGAGUGUGACGGUGGGACUAAAAACAGACUGCACCUGAGGGAAGGAAAAUACAUGCCAGUCAUAAAACACGGCAGUAUUUGACAGUGAGUACAGAACCAGUGUUGUGUGUUUCUGGGAAUGUUUGCGCCGUGUACUAGUACGCAACUGAAGGGGAGAAAAGUGUCUUUUUGGUUUCACCAAUGUGCCAACGACUCACCAAGGCCUGAGCUGGAACGUUCUCCCAAAACGAGCAAACGAGGUGUGGGAAAACGUGUUUUUAAGUGCUAACGUUGCAGCGGCACAAGCAUUCAGGGAGGAGCUUUUAAAAUCCGAGCACUUGAGUCAUGCAUUUGUGCUCGCCUUCGUUUUUAACGUUGUGUAAAUAAAAGUGUAAAUCUACAGCUGCCUUGAGAGUCGGAUGUAAAAUAGAUUUUGAGUUUCACGGGCCUGUUUUUUUCUUCUUCUUCUUUUCUGAUUUUUGAACGAGGCAUUACCUGUAAAAGAACGCAAGAGAAAGAGGUUGGGCGUUUAGCUGGAACAAUGCUGGAACGGAGCCAUGUUUCCUUACAUAAGUCGCUUCACUUCUUCGGUUCACGCCCUGCGCAGAACUCCUGACUAUUGUUGGUCAAUAAACAAUUAGAACUUGCAGGAUAUGUUUGACGACUUGACUGGGCGUAAAACUAUUUAGUGAUCUUGUAAAAUAUGAGGAAUAGACAGGCCGCAAGUCCAAUGGCAACGAGACAAAUGACCAAACUCACUUUCCCCGAGAGGCAUUUUGAAUUAUUCAUUAACCUAACGUGCAUGUUUUUGGUCCAUGUGAGGAAGCCCACGCAUGCACAGAGAAAACGUUCAAACUCCACAGAGAAAGGCAAUUCUGCGAGCAGCUCUAACCACUGCACCUCCGUGCCCACGCCCCU